ACACAGAGAGAGACAGAGAGAGGAAAGACCAGGAAACAAGAGAAAGACAAGAGAGAAGAGGAGGAAGAGGAGGAAGAAGAAGAGAGUUGGAUGUAGCUGCUGUUGUCGCGUGUUGUGUGUGUUUUUUGGGGAAUGUGCGGCUCGUCCUCCGCAGAGGAUGGGAGUAACCUGGUCCUUUGCUCUCUUUCUAGCUCUACACAUAGUCUCCGUGUUGCAGACGGUGCUGGUCAGCGCUGGUCAAUGUGACUCUGUGUUUAAAGGUUUCUCAGACUGUCUGCUUCAGUUGGGGGAGAACAUGGCCAACUAUCCCCAGGACCUGGACGACAGGGACAACCUGCACAAGAUCUGCAGUUACUGGGAUAACUUCCACUCCUGUGCCACGACGGCGCUGGCCGACUGCCAGGAGGGAGCGACGGACAUCUGGGAGAAACUGAAAAAGGAAUCCCGCAGCCUGUAUUUCCGUGGGAGUUUGUUUGAACUCUGUGGCGGCGGCAAUGCAGCCCCCAGAUCGGCCGACGCCAGGGGCCUCGCCUUGGUCCUAACCACACUGCCAACCAUACUGACUUGGCUGGCGUUUUAACAAAAAA